AUGUAUCGUCAAAUCAACGUGAAUCGAGACGACUGGGAUCUGCAAAGAAUCAUAACAGUACUACAAUUAGUCAAAGAUGAAGGUCAUCACUUCCCACUCGCCAUUGAACCGCUCACCAAGGGUAGAUAUGUCGAUGACAUUUUGGAAGAUUCUGAUCAGAUCAUCGAGCUCAUCGACAUAUCAAGACAAGUAACACAGCUCUGCGUGGCGGGCGGGUUUCCAUUAGCGAAAUGGCACAGUAAUAGCAAACAAUUUAUUCAAGGCAUCGCUCAACAGUCUCCACUUACGGAGGCAUUAUUCGAAGAUAACAGCACAAAACUCUUAGGCCUGUCAUGGAUACCUCAUUCAGAUACGUUCAAACUCGCUUAUACGCCACCAUACUCAAGUACCAAGUUCACAAAGAGAAUCAUCUUGUCAGAAACAGCACAGCUCUACGACCCACUCAGAUUCUUGUCACCAUUCAUAGUGCGAGCAAAGGAUUCGGGUGCUGGUGCGCCAGCAGAUGAUGACGAAGCGGCGAGGAGUUGCAAAAGUUUGAGCGAAUGUUACUUCGCAGGCAAGGGUGCGGCCCUAGUGCUUCCUCCAAACGAAAGGGCUAUACCCUCAAGGAAGGUGUCCACGGCAGGAUGCGACAUUCAACAGCACUUGCAAUCUAUGUUCUACUUGCUCAGACCGGAAGAAACGCUCAAAAUGGCAGUGAAACUCGAAUCAGUGCACCAAGGAAGGACGAGGUAUUUGGUCGUCGUGUCAUGCACAGGAAGGCAAAAUGCCGAAGAGAGUUGCCUUCUUGGUAUCGACUGUCACGACAGGGCGACCGUCGGUCUUGUACUCCGAGUCCUGGCCGACACUGCCAUUACUCUCGACGGCGACGGAGGUUUCAGCGUCAGCGUUUGCAGUCGACAGCAUAUUUUCAAGCCAGUAUCCGUGCAAGCUAUGUGGUCAGCCUUGCAAACGUUGCACAAGGUUUCAAGUAAGGCGCGCGAACAGAAUUACUUCCUGGGUGGCCUGUCACACGACUGGGUUAGUUACUAUGAACAACGAAUCGAGAGCGAUCGCUCGUGUCUCAACGAGUGGCAUGCUAUGGACAACCUGGAAUCCCGAAGACCGCCGUCACCGGAUAGCGUACGCAACAAGCCCAGAGAAAGGGACGAGACUGAACGUGUGAUCCGGUCUACGUUGAAGGAGAUCAUGAUGUCCGUAGAUCUCGACGAAGUAACCUCGAAGUACAUUCGAGGUCGUCUGGAGGAAGACCUUGAUAUGGAUCUGGGGGAGUUUAAGCCAUUUAUCGAUCAGGAGAUGCUCACCAUUCUGGGUCAAAUGGAUGCGCCGACUGAAAUAUUUGACCAUGUCUAUCUUGGAAGCGAAUGGAACGCGAGCAACUUAGAGGAGCUUCAAAAGAAUGGCGUUAGACACAUCCUGAACGUUACUCGGGAAAUCGACAACUUCUUUCCCGGCAUGUUCACGUAUUUGAAUGUCCGUGUGUAUGACGACGAGGCGACAGACUUAUUGAAGCACUGGGAUGACACGUUCAAAUAUAUCACUAAGGCAAAGAAAGAGGGUUCCAAGGUACUAGUACACUGUAAGAUGGGAGUCUCCAGAUCUGCCUCGGUGGUGAUCGCGUAUGCGAUGAAGGCGUACAAUUGGAACUUUCCUCAGGCCUGGAAACACGUGAAAGAAAAGCGGAACUGUAUUAAGCCUAAUAACAGCUUCUUGAUACAGUUGGAGACUUAUCAGGGUAUCCUAGAUGCUAUGAAAAACAAGGAGAAACUUCAAAGAUCUAAAUCAGAUACGAAUUUGAAGUCUCCUACAUCGACGAAAGAACAGUCGAAAAAAGAGGAGAAGUCUGGUAACGUAGACAGCGGGUUGCAAACAGUUUCGGGUCUCGAGUUGAAAAAAACUAGCCAUAGACCGAAGAGUUGGUCGCCGAAUCUAAACGUUACUGAAAACAUGUUGCCUUCUGUUCCCCUUUCGCAGUCCCUCGAAAGCAUAGAUAAAACGGGGAGCACGGAAGUGACUCGGGAAGACCUCCUCCGCUCUACGAACCAGAAGUCCAACAUGGCUCAAGAAGCUCGAAAUGUUCUAAUGCCUUGUGGCAACGGUCAGUCGUACAGCGUUUCACAGAACCAAAUUGUUCACUUGCCCAGCCCCUCGCCUGAUAUACCGAGCGUCAAAAAUAGAAUCAGUAAGUUAGAAACGCAAGGACAGCGGAGGAAAGGUUUGGUAUUGAAUCUGACGAGUCAGUUCGAGGCGGUGAGUAGCAAACCGUCUUCUCCGACUUCGGAUUCCAACAAUAAACCACGUCUGCAGAGUCCAAUCAUAGGUGUGCAAGAAAAUGGAAUUGCACAGCAAACGUCGGAAUCGAAGCUGGACGUGUGGGAUCCUGGCGAGAAGCAAAGUAAGAAAACAGAAAGUGCUAACAAUAGUGAAUGUCUAGUCUGGACUGUAUCAUCGGAUGCAACGUGUACCAAUUCGUGUAGUAACGGUAAGACUAACGACGAAGUGAGUGCGGACAGUGAAUGUGUCGCGACAAUGUCAAUGUAUUCGGGCACUGUGGGACGAAAAGCAAAAAAGGACGGUGAUCCAUUCAGUACGCAGGUUGACAGAGUGUUCGAUCGCGAAGAGAGGCAUGGAGAACCGGUUACGAGAGAUUCUCCUAGUCGGCAAAGUUCGUGGAAUAGUUACGAUAGUGCUGUGGUCCUAGACAACAAUUCCGUGCAUAGUUCCUGGGCCACUCUACCGUCGAGAAACAGUUCCUGGGGCUCGUAUGACAUGCGGUCAUCGGAUCCUCUUGGCUCUAGCGGUUUGUUUCCUUAUGAUAAAGAAGAAAUACCUUGGCAUCCGGGCACGGUGAAACGUACGAAGCAGAAGUUGGAAGAAAACACGUCUUCUGGAACAGUGAAGCGUGUGUGUACUCAGACUUCAGACCCAGAGAACAAGGAUAGGCUAACUGUUGAGGAAGAAUCUUAUAAUCCGGUACUUUUACAUCGUACAGGAUCUCCUACACCGAGAAGCAGAGACUCUUCACCUAGCCAAGAACAUAAUUAUAAGGUUGAAAUAAAAGUAACUGUUAGAAACUCUCCGAGUCCCAUUAGAGGAAUUGAUAUCUCGUCUCCGUCGAUUCGACAAGUGGGAAGGCUAUCCACAAGUGCGCCAGAGCCAUCUUCUCUGUCGUCGGAUUCGGACCUUCCAACAUCCUUGAGGUCGUGUAGAUCGGAGAGCGAAACCUCCAGCCCCUGUGUCGUAAAUACCACUCAGUGUCCUUCUGUGAAACACCACAAAAUGGUCUUGGAGAAUCUGAGUAACAAAUCAAUGUACAAUAAGCGUUGUUUACCCGUGGACGAUUCUCCGGAAACUGAAUGCCCGCGAAGUAUUUCCGGUAUUGUAAAGAAUCUCAAGAAAGAAUUCGAGGCGAAGUCUACCAAGACCGAUGUAAAGAUCAGGAGUCUACCCUCGUCACCGGUGAUCCCACACAAUGAAUCGAAGAUUCAAGCCCCGUCCGAAACCAAAGAAGAAGAGAAGGUGAGUGAAGCAUCGGCAUCCUCGCAGGAAAGCGCAGAGGAUCGGUCGGUCAGAGUCCUGGUCGGCAAAUAUGAGGUAAAACCGGUUUCGAGAAAAUCGAAAGCCACUGUUGAGUACAGCAGAAGGUCUGCGCCAAUCACGAUCAACAAUCUUUCGUCCUCUUUGUUUAACGAAACAUCGGAAGCACCUGGCAGGCCACCUGUCCCGUCGGCCGGAGUUGUGGCAGCUAACAAGAAGCAGCAACAGCACGGCAGGACGCAUCCUCUCGCUAGGCUGCAGGUCAGGCCUAGGCAUAACAGUCCGGUUUAUAACACCAUGUAAAGGGGAAAAAUUUUCUCUUACUAUCGAACUUGAGUGCGCGUACCUGAAUGCAUGGGUAUGUUGUCGUGGCCACGAUGUAACUGUGUGAUCUCUACUGAUGCCAACGAGUCGAGGAUGGUCCUCUUCGAACUCGACGACAAAUCGACGGGGACAAGAUUUAUAUUCGCUUCCCACCAUAACAUACAGAAUUCUCUCACUAUGGGUUUUUCUUCAAAUCGAUUUGUAGUUUGCAAUCUGUAACUUAGUAAG